CUUGUCCAGAGGGGCUGUUUGGGGCACGCUGUGAAGAGCACUGUGACUGUGGGGACAACGUGGCCUGUCAUCACGUUACUGGUGCUUGCGAUUGUCCCCGCGGCUGGAGGGGCCGGCGCUGUGAGAAAGCCUGCCUGCCGGGGACCUUUGGUGAGGGCUGUGGCCAGAUCUGCCAGUGUGCUGGAGCCACCCAGGAGUGCCACCCGGUCACCGGGGCAUGCAUCUGUGCCCCUGGCUUCCACGGCCCAACCUGCCAGCUGGAGUGCUCCCCUGGGUGGUACGGCCGUAACUGUGAAAGGCCGUGUGAGUGCAAGAACGGGGCCCUGUGUGACACUGCCACAGGGAUGUGCCACUGCCCCGCGGGCUACAUCGGCGCUGACUGCGGCAUCGGAUGUCCGGCUGGUCGGUAUGGCAAGGACUGUGCGCGGGUGUGCUCCUGCGGGGAAGGUGCUACCUGUCACCCCAUCACCGGAGACUGCAUUUGCCCACCGGGAAGAACUGGUCCCACCUGUGAGCAAGGCUGUGAGGAGCAACGGUUCGGGGGGGGCUGCCACCCCUGCCGCAACGGGGGGCUGUACCACGCAGCCAGCGGCUCCUGCUCCUGUGCGCCCGGGUGGACCGGGGAGUCCUGCGAGUCAGGUUGUCCCCCGGGUUUCCAUGGAGCGGGCUGCCGGGAGCGCUGCGACUGUGAGCAUGGAGCAGGCUGUGACCCCGUCACCGGCCGCUGCCACGGGUCCGGGGCCCCCCCCCCGGGCCGCGGCCGCGGCCCCGCCGGGCUCCACGGCGAGCGCUGCCAGACAGGCUGCAAGGAGGGAACGUACGGCGAGGGAUGCCAGCAGCUCUGUGACUGCGUCGGCAACGCGUCCUGCAACCCAGCCACCGGGCACUGCCUGUGCCCCCCGGGACGCUGCCAGACAGGCUGCAAGGAGGGAACGUACGGCGAGGGAUGCCAGCAGCUCUGUGACUGCGUCGGCAACGCGUCCUGCAACCCAGCCACCGGGCACUGCCUGUGCCCCCCGGGAAAAACCGGCCGCAAGUGUGGCUCAGAGCACCUGCCCUGCCAGUGUGCCCCCAGCAGCUCCUACUGCAACGCUCGCAAUGGCCAGUGCCUCUGUCUGCAUGGGUACACGGGACCGACCUGUCGGGAAG